GAUAUUUUGCUCAGAAUCUUCGAGCUUUUUCAACCAUUUAUGGCCUAGACCCUCUCUAAUGGCUUUAAUUAAUAUCAAUUUAUUCUGCGUGGUAAUUGUAAGGUUUAAUGGUUCGCAUUUUGGAUUCCAUGUUCUUGACCUUGACCUUGACCGUCUUUAAUGGCUUCUCAUGAUUCUGUUCUAUUGGGCCAUGUGUUCGCUUGGUUCCUCCGGUUAUUCCAGGGUUUACCGAUAAAUUUUGGAAUCGAGAUUUUUGUAAAAACGGUGAUUGAGCGUACAGGUGUAUGGCACGUUUCAGGCCCUUAGUUUAUUCAAACAAGGAACGUUCCCGUUGUGGCCAUGGUGGCUUCGGUUGACCAAUUUUUUUAGGGUUUCUGGUCUCUGUGUCCUGUGUAUAUUCCCUGUAUCCCUGGUUUCUUGGAAAGCGUGGUAACUAAUUUUAUAUACCGCUGUAAUUAUGAAAAAUGGUAAUGUUAUGCUUCUCUGAACCCAAGGGGGAUUGGUCCAGUUCCAUUAUUUUUCCAUCUCUGCAAUUCUGGGGUUUUCGAUGGAGCAUAUGCCUCUAACAAUUCACUCUCUAUUCUCUAGCAGAACAUGGAGAAUUGAUUGUAAAACUUGUCAAUUCUCUGUUUUCUGAAGGUUUUGAGUAGAAUUAAUCCAGCUCAAUUCUUUUUUAUCCGUAGUUUCUAGAUUUCUAUUGUUGUUGAGCCUCUACUGUAUGUGUUCUCUUGGUUUACAGGGAGUUUUGACAGGAGGUAUUUCUAAAAAUAUGUUGCCGCUUCAAAAAUGGCGAUGUUCUUGGUCCCUUGUGGCAUCCAUUGUUUCCUUAGUUGUAUUAGUUUCAGUUAUCCAUAUGUUCUUAUUCCCUCUGGUUCCUUCCUCUUUUGAAUUCUUUAAUGGGCAGCAAGGGCGUAAUUAUUGUCCUUCAAUCAAUGAUACACAUGUUCCGAUCGGCGGUACACACGUUUCAAGUAAUGCUAGUUAUGUUUCAGUCAAUAGUACACAUGAUGUAUCAGUGGGAAAUUCUAGUUUUCCUGAUUUUAAUGUUAUGCCGGAUUCUCACGGAGCUGUAAGCUACAAAGGUGCACCUUGGAAGAGCGAAAUUGGAAGAUGGUUUUCUGGGUGUGAUUCAAUAGCGAUGGCGGUUUACGUCAAUGAGACAAUUGGGGGGAAGCGCUGCAACAAUGAUUGUAAUGGUCAAGGCAUUUGUAAUCAGGAUUUGGGACAUUGUAGGUGCUUCCACGGGUAUGCUGGGGAAGACUGCUCUGAGAGAUUACACAUGAAUUGCAACUUGCCAAAUUCUUCCGAGUUUCCAUAUGGACCAUGGAUUGUUUCAAGUUGCUCUGCGUAUUGUGAUACAACAAGAGCAAUGUGCUUCUGUGGAGAAGGAACAAAAUAUCCGAAUCGCCCUGUGGCAGAGGCAUGUGGCUUUCGAGUGACGUUACCUACAACACCUGGUGGCCCAAAAAUAGUUGACUGGACAAAAGCUGACCUGGAAAAUAUUUUUACAAGUAAUAGCAGCAAAGCUGGCUGGUGUAAUGUGGAUCCAGAUGAUGCAUAUAAAAAAAAGGUUCGAUACAAAGAGGAAUGUGAUUGUAAAUAUGAUGGUCUGUGGGGACAAUUUUGUGAGAUUCCUUCAUUAUGCAGUUGUAUAAACCAGUGCUCUGGACAUGGACACUGUCGUGGUGGAUUCUGUCAAUGCCACAGUGGCUGGUAUGGGAUUGACUGCAGUGUACCCUCAAUUUCAUCGUCUGCAAAAGAAUGGCCCCACUGGCUUCGCCCAGCAACAGUUACUAUACCAGAUAAUGGUGGCUCUGUUAACCUUGUCGCUGCUGUGAAAAAGAAAAGGCCUCUUAUAUAUGUCUAUGAUUUGCCUGCAGAAUUCAAUAGUCAUCUCCUUGAGGGCCGACAUUACAAAUUUGAAUGUGUUAAUAGAAUAUACGGUGAAAAGAACGAAACUCUAUGGACAGACCAGCUGUAUGGAGCUCAGAUGGCACUCUAUGAGAGCAUCUUGGCCAGCCCUUAUAGGACAACAAAUGGUGAAGAAGCGGAUUAUUAUUAUGUCCCAGUGCUUGAUUCAUGUUUGAUCACUCGUGCGGACGAUGCACCCCACUUGGGUAUGCAGGAUUUCGGAGGAUUUAGGAGCUUCCUAAAUUUGGACUACUAUAAGAGGGCAUAUGAACAUAUCCGUGAGCAAUAUCCAUACUGGAAUCGGUCAGCUGGAAGAGACCAUAUAUGGUUUUUUUCUUGGGAUGAAGGUGCUUGCUCUGCCCCUAAUGAGAUUUGGAGCAGCAUGAUGUUAGUGCAUUGGGGAAACACAAAUUCAAAGCACAACUACUCAACAACAGCUUAUUUUGCUGACAAUUGGGACCAUAUUCCUAUUGAGAGAAGAGGAAGCCAUCCAUGCUUUGUCCCAGAAAAGGAUCUUGUGCUCCCUGCAUGGAAAAUGCCAGAUCCUUUUGCCCUCAAAUCCAAAUUAUGGGCCAGACCAUUGGGAGAGCGAAAAACCCUGUUUUAUUUUAAUGGGAAUUUGGGACCUGCGUAUCCAGAUAGCCGGCCUGAAAACACCUAUAGUAUGGGUACAAGGCAGAAAUUAGCUGCAGAAUUUGGCUCAACUCCAAACAAAGCAGGCAAGUUGGGAGAACAGCAUGCAUCAGAUGUGAUUGUUUCACCGUUGCGCUCAGAUAAUUACCAUGGAGAUCUGGCAAGUUCCAUCUUUUGUGGUGUUCUGCCUGGUGAUGGUUGGAGUGGUCGCAUGGAGGAUAGUGUUCUACAAGGGUGUAUUCCAGUUAUUAUUCAGGAUGGGAUCUUCUUGCCCUAUGAGAACAUGCUCAAUCUUGACAGUUUUGCUGUUCGUAUUCAUGAGAAUGAUAUCCCAAAUAUGGUUAAUAUCCUGCGGGCAAUAAAUGAAACAGAAAGAGAAUUGAAGUUGGCAAAUGUACAAAACAUUUGGCAAAGGUUUCUUUAUCGGGAUUCUGUUAUGCUCGAGGCUAAUAGGCAAUCCGAAAUGUAUGAUUCUGAGUAUGAUUGGGGUCAGGAGUUCUCAAAACUAGUAGAAGAUGAUGUCUUCUCUACAUUUAUACAGAGUUUACACUACAAAUUGCACAAUGACCCUUGGAGGCAAAACCUUCGGCCUCGAGAGAGGGACUACGGACUGCCAAAGACCUGCUCAAGAGUUUACAAUUUUGAGGAAGUAUAGAGAGAGCAGCGGCCGAAACGGCAUUGUUUAGAGUGUUUAUCUCAUGUUACAAUCUCUAUUCUCAUACAUGGCCUUGCCAGGUAUUGUUUUUAUCACCCAUUUGGAUUGCAGUUCAUUGUUGCGGCCCAUAUUGAAUGCUUAACUGCACGAUUUUUUAUCUGAGUAACCGACGUGUACCUUAACUCUAAUCUGUAAUCAUUAACCAAACGAUCGACAUCCUUAUUCAUAUUUGUAUGUCUUUGGAUAAUGUUUUGUAGGGACUAUUCGUAGAGUGUACUCUCUGCAAGAAUAAGCUGAACACUUACUGUUAUCAGGCAAAAACCCCCAAUUAUGAGGAUUGUAUUAUUUGAA